CUCUGCGACCAUGGACGCUCAAGGCUUGAUGGCGGUCAAGUCCGCAAGAAAUUAUGUCGACCGAAUGCUCGAGGAGUGUGCUCAGUUGUGGAAGAUGCAGAAGGCGAAAGACCAAGUGUGACCGCAAGCUCCCAGCCUGCACUCCAUGUCUAAGAGCAAAGACCACAUGUACCGGCUUCAGUGUGACUAUCUCUUCCACUGAGGUCCCUCGCAGCAUCGUAAGGCACCUCGAGCAUGAGAUUGCACGAUUGGAGACAGAGCUUGCCAAAGGAGGUCAUCUUGAUGCCCUCAACGCAUCUGAUAUCCUACUCCAAUUCAACCAAGACUCAUCUGGAGAUCAACUCAAUGGCCCACUUAUCGAUAGUAGCCCUCGUUGGGUCAUGAGUAUACCGGAACCUCCACCAGUCCCGUCACAGGAUCCUCUGACUUCCUCAAUCAUGAAUAGCCGAGAGCUGCAAUCUAUGAUAUCUGCCACUUUGCCCUACGGAUCGGGACUGACAGAUCUAGUUUCAAGAGUGAGAAUGGGCCUCACUCCAUCUUCGAGCACGGCUGUGACGAACGUGAACGACCUGCAAAGGAAUAGCGUUAGUCCGAACGCAGUUUCCAUUCAAGCCCAGGUUGUUGAGACACGAGUCCUACGCAGUAUCCCAAUUGAGAUCAUCCAAAGUCUAGUGAAUAAAUAUGUUCAGGGAGUGCUCCCUCAAUUUCCAUUUCUGCACGAGCCAAAUAUCUGGGACCAGCUAAGGCACGUAACAAACUUCCUGCAAACCAGUGAACAGGAUUCCCAAAGUUGUUUGGUCAUGCCUGACCAUGGGUUCCUGGUUAUCUACUUAAUUUUAGCAAUAUCUGUCACGCUCGGUAGCGCGAAGGGUGGGCACGAGUCGCGAUGCAUGUCUCUCUCAUCUUCGCUUUUCGAAGAAGGGAUCCGCCAUCUUCCUAGUCAGCCGGGUGUCUCUUCAGAUUUUACGGGGAUUCAAAUGAAUCUCUUAAUUCUUCUAUAUGCGACAAUCAACCCUCGCUCAGCUAAUGUAUGGAUAUUAUCGGGUGCGGUCAUGCGGUCGGCAUUAGAGCUCGGACUCCAUAGAGAGUCUCCUGAAACCUACGGAAUGGAUACUACAACUUUGAACCUUAGACGUAGCGUCUUCUGGAGUGCAUAUUGUAUCGAUCGCAGCGUAUGUGCUGCUCUUCAAAGACCGCUUUCAAUUCCGGACGCCGCCAUCAACACCCAAUUCCCCAAUCUGGAUGACGAUGUCACUGGAUUGAGUUCUAGGCCUUUCUUAGAUCAAAUCCACUAUCAUCAACUUCAAUCAGAGAUGAUCCAGAUCCAUUUCCAAGGACAGCCCUUACCCGAGGGCAUGUCCUGGGAAGAUUGGUUGCAGAAUAUGGAGAAGAAGCUUCAAGCAUGGUACGAAAAAUCAAAGGCUGAAGCCAGCAAUAGCGAGCUCGUAGAGUUCGCAUUAGCACGCGGCCUUACUAUGCUUCACCGACCAUCCGGAAGAACACCAAUGCCAUCACAGCGGAGCCUCUUGGUCGCCUUUGAGGCUGCAGCAUUAUCUGCCCGGAGCCAUCGUGAGCACAUCCUCUCUGGUUUCUUUCGCCGUCCCUGGAUGUCGGCCCACCAUACACUCGAGACAGCCAUGGUGCUUCUAUUUUGCUUGAGGCACGGCCAAGACAGCAUUACGCAGAAGUACAAUCCUAGCCAAAUCUUCGACAUGACCAAGAUAUUUACUACAAACUUCCUCAGCAUAGCGUCGCAAGGGUGGUCCGAGGUAUCGAAUCACGCCGGCGUAUAUGAACGAAUGCUUGGUCCGCUUUUGGCGUUUGUGUUUUCUCCGAUGUCGAAUCCGGAGGCUGGGCUGGACCCUGCGCAAGAUGUGGAGCUCAUGCGUCUGCUUUACCCAGGCCCAGCCCAUCUCGACAAAUUAAGGUUUGGGAGUAGGCACGUGGAAGAUUUCGAAACUUUUGAUUUCAGUCUCUUUGAUAUCGACCAGGGCUUCUUUGAUAUGGGGGCAAACGCGCAGGUUGUAGAUGGGAAUGGGACGCCCGGUACUGCGCUGUCGGAUCAUACUCUCCGUUUGGAUGAUCUAGGACUAGUCUUUUGACGAUGAAUGAGAUAAGAGGACGUU